CUUUGGUCAAAGUACUUUCGCUCGAGCCGCAAACCCACAGCGCAGAAACACGCUCCUCGGAUUUCCUGCGCAGAUACUCCCGAGAGUUUUGGUCUCGAGCCUGUCCCAACUUGUUCAAGGAAACAAAACAAAUCUGUGAACUUAUUUACCACAAGGAAGACGGUUCACCUGCUUCUUCCGUUUCACCUGUACCACUGCGACACCUGCGGCGGAGUGAAAGUGAACGCAACACGGCGGCCGAAUAAGCGAGAGCUCAUUCUGAAAUGGCUGCUCGGUAUUUCCUGUUUUAUUUCAUCUUUAUUCCCUCGUGCCUAGUUGCUGGACAGCCUUCACAAUAUGCGCUCAAGGGGGGGAGGGGCUUCUUGAGGCCAGACAUCGCUGGACAUCCGGAUGGAAUCCUGUGGAAAUAUAAUGGCAACAAAGUGGUGGAGUUUAAUGGCAAAGAGCAAGAGGUGUUCAGCCCUUAUGAACACAGGAUCACUCUUGACUGGGUCUCUGCAGAACUCGACAUCUCUGACGUACGAUUUGAAGACAGCGGAGACUAUGAAUUGGAAGUAGACAUCCGCAAAGUGUUGCAUCGUUCAUUCCAUAAAUUGGAGGUCAUAGACACGGUGCCCAAGCCCACCAUAUCCUGUGAGAUGAAUGACGGCGGCAGCUCCAACGUGUCAGGAGAGCUGCUGUGCUCUGCCGAGCCCAGACAGCCUCAGUCCUUCAUGACGUUUGAGUGGAGAACGCAUGGAGACGUGUGGCCCGGCCCACGGUUACCAAUAUCUCUGGGGGAUGCAUAUGAUGAUGAAGUGUACAGUUGUAGUGUGAGCAACCUUCUGAGUCGUGAAGAAGCUACAUUCCCUGCAAAGGAUUGCUACCCAGAUGAAAGUUCAUCUGUAAUAUUGAUCGCAUGCCUAGUCGUUGCCUUUCUCCUCGCGUGUCUCCUCGUGUGUCUGGCCAUACUGUACUGCAAACUACGCCAUAAAGCAUGUUUUGCAAAACAUGAUUUGGAAAAUCCGUCACCACCAGGUAGAACAGAAGGGUCAGAUAGGAAGGAAGCUCAGAAUGCUGAAAGAAGGCCUCUUGUUCACAGAGAGUCCACUCUGCCCUCCACUCAGCCACUCGGCCGUUUCUUCCGAGGUAACAUGAGGCCGGAUGAAUCUGCUCGCGACCAGAAACAAGACCCAGAUUCAGACCAUGAUACUGAACAAGAACAUGAAGAAAAUGAAGAAGAUGGGAAGCCAAAAGAAGGUGACGCGGAUGCCGGCGCGCACGGAGAGUCUCCAGAGGAAGACGUCCCACAGAGCGACCCCUCGGACUCCGAGAAGGAUAACGAACCGGACCCGGCUCACGCUCGCGUGUCGGACCACUUCAGCGAGGACACGCAGUUGGAGCCAAAACUCCCCUCCUCUUCUGAACAUCCAUCCCACAAUACCGAGCCAGAGAGGGAGGCGGAUGAGGAUGAGGAGGCUCAGUCCGCUCCUGCCGAUGAUGAAACUUCACCUGCUGCUCAGCCACAUUCCCCUUUGACCGAAACCUCUGCAAACAUGGCGCCGAAAGACACCGCUGGUGAAGACGAGGAAGUGGCCAACUCAGAUCCGAUCGCUGGAGAAUCUGCCGAGACGCACGUCAGAGGAUCUGACUCAUCGGGGGAAGGGGACAGAAAGGGAUCGGACGACUCUGGCGAGGACGAACAGUUGUCCACCGGAGGUUCAAAGACACUAUUACACGAUUUAAACUUGUCACAAGAAGAAACAAACACAAGCAAAGACAACGAGCGAGAAACUGUCGAACCUGUUUCUGAAGACAAAGAUAAACGUAAAACAGAUGGUGUCAGUGAAUCAGAUAGGGAUCUGUAUUCAGCCACCUCCCGGCAUCCUCAGAGCUCCACACCAACUCAACCGGACAACAGGAACACCGAUACAUGCCCAGAGUCCCCAGACUCUGCACAUGCACCGCCAGACGAAGGAGAAGAUCUCAAGACCUGCACUGACUCGGAUGAGACGGACGGGCAGUCGGAUGAAGGCGAGGGCGAAACCGCUGAAGAUCAAAACGAGGUCCAGUGCGGCCUUCAAGGAGAAAAGCACGUCAAUGAGAGCUGCAGUGGGGACGCAGUGGGACGAAAGAAAGAGGAAGUUGUUGCGUAGGCCUUCAUGCAACUUGGAAAACAAGGUCAGAUGUAAGAAGGACGCAGAUAGUGAAAGCGAAGCUGUCAAUACAACACGGCAGACGCAGAGAAUACUGCUCAGUAUGAAGAGUGAAAAGCACGGAGGAGUUUUCAAGUCCCAAUGCAGACAACACAUAUGAACUGUUGUAAAAUGAUGGAGUGGUGGACAUAACGUACACCGAGGAAAGAAGCAGACAAUUGCAUCGUGAAAAAAGGGGACAGUUUGGAGGUUGAAAGCAGACGGGGAGGUUCAUUUAUCUCUGUUGCCUGUUUCUUUUUUUAUUAUAACACAAAUGGUGUCCCUGAAACCAGUAAAACAAAAGCCCGAAAUACGUCACUGAAAGACAUUCAACAGAGAUAACAUAUUAUCCACAAUGCAACAGUCGGCCCUGGAAUGAGUCUGAAGGGAAGAGAACCAGACGUGAAACUCACAGAAAACAGAUAGUUUCUACCUUUCUCGGUCCUAUUACUUUUAACUUCUUAGCUUCUUUUGAUAUUAUUCAUGUUAUGCGUUUGAAGAACAGCUGCAAUAUAAAAAAAAAGUUUUUACAUUGUUUUAGUUUUUUUAAACGAUACUAUGAAUUAUUGACUAAUGGUGCUACAUGUGAGGGGUUUUCUUGGGAGUUAAGCUAUUAAAAAUACGAAUGUAUAUGUUUAACUUGAAUCAGCACUAAUCUGUCAUAUUGUGACCUUAUCAAAAGGAAGACUUUUUAUAUUCAUAUUUCAAUAAAUGUAUUUGUUUAGCUCAACAUUACAAUCUGUUCAGCAUACGACAUCCUUUAUGCUUUGAACAGGAACAACUCCCCAACAUGUAAUUAUUGUAAGCUGAGUUGUGCAGUGACUGUGGCAAAUAUUAUAACAGCAGAUCUUUAAGAAACAAAAUGCUUUAUUGAAGGUGUUGUAAGAGAAUAAAAUCACCGUAAAGGACUGAUGAAUAUGUGGGAUGCUGUCUCACAGACAAAAGGGACUCACUUUAAAUCUAAGAUUAAAAUGAUGGAUCAUCUUGAAAAGUUUGUUCUUCCGUGUAUUUUACAAAUGUUGUGCGCUCUCCUUUAUUUUCAUGCUAAUUCAUUACUGGGAUAAUAUUUGAAAAAUGUCUAAGCUCUGGUACAUUUGUCAUUGUUGAUUGUUAAUAAAUGAUAUGAGAUUUACGUUCAUGACUCCACAGCUAGAUUGUAUUUGUAUUUUGUAUUUCUUGCUACCUUGUACUGAUGAUGGAUGUUUUUGAAAUGUCUCACUGCACUCAUUUAUAAAGGCAAUGCGAGUAGAAGUCGUUGAUUUCCAGUUUCUCGUCUUCUUGUUUAAU